AUGGGCAGAUUAUCAGUUCCAAUACCAUUUGGUAGAAAGAAUGUUAGUAAAUCUGAAUGGAAUGAUUUUAUCGAAUGGCAAAAAUAUCGCAAUGAAGAACGGAUGAGAUUUGAAUUAAUGGAAUCCGAUUUAUACAUUUCAUCUAGAGAAUUAUCGCCUGAAACUUGGGAAUCGGUCCUAAAUGAAUUAUCCUCAUCUAGUAACUUAGUUAGUAUUGAAGAAUCUCCCACUUCAGUGAAUAAUGAAGAGGAUAAGAUCCAUUCAGGCAAUAUAAAUAAUAAUAUUUCUGGUUUAGACUUCGAUUCUAUUGAAUACAAAAGGCAUAAAUGUAAUAAGAGCGAGUACAAGUCUAAAUCUGAUAAUAAAGAUAAAGGUCUAGCAUCUGAUAAUGAUGAUAAAAAUUAUAGUGAUUCUGAUGAGGAUUAUGGACCAAUGCCAAUGGCUGUCCAUGAGACUGCAAUAAAUAAAUCAAUAAACGAUGAACCUCAAAUAGCAGAAGGCAAAUCAAGAACAUUAACUCAAUAUGCGCUAAAUGACAAUAGAAUAUCGAGAAAGGCCGCAGGUAUGACGCCUGAGGAAGUUGAGAAAUAUGAAUCACUUGGCUAUGUUAUGUCUGGUUCAAGUCAUUGGAGAAUGAAUCAAGCUAAGCUUUUGAAGGAGAAGGAACAUUAUUCUGUGGAAGAUCAAAGAUCAAAGGCCAUACUAAAUCCUGAAGAACGAGCAAACAAGGAAGUUGAGUUGAUUAACAAUUUGAAAGAAAUGCUCAAAAAACAAAAUGAUAUUAUGGAUAAGUCUAAUAUGUGA